UGCGCUCUGUCCCUCGGACACAGCGGAUCACCAAUCAAAGGAAAGAGCCGAAGAUGUUGGCUCCGUCAUGUGAUCAGCUGUGUCCAAUCACAGCUGAUCGCAUGGGACAUGUACAUUGAUCAUCAGGGCACUGAUGAUCAGUGUGCCCUGAUAAUCUCUGUAGCUCCAGCAGUGCCACCUGUCAGUGUCCAUCAGUGCCAGCUCUCAGUGCUCAUCCAUACCACCUGCCAGUGCCCAUCAGUGCCACAUCAAUGCCACAUUUCAGUGCCUACCAGUGCACAUCAAUGCCACAUAUCAGUGCCCAUCUGAGCUGCCUUUCAGUGUCACCCAUCAGUGCCAGUCAGUGCCACCUAUCAAUGCCAGUCAGUGCCACCUAUCAGUGCUGCCAAUCAGUGCCACCUAUCUGUGCCAGUCAGUGCCGCCUAUCAGUGUGCAUCAGUGCCGCCUAUCAGUGCCUGUCAGUGCUGCCUAACAGUGCCAGUCAGUGCCACCUAUCAGUGCCAGUCAGUGCCACCAAUCAGUGCCAUCUAUCAGUGCCAUCAGUGCCUCCUCAUCAGUGCCCAUCAGUGCCACCUAUCAGUGUCCAUCAGUGCAGCCUCAUUAGCGCACAUCAGUGAAGGAGAAAAAUCACUUAUUUACAAAAUUUUAUAACAA